AUGGAGAACAACACAGAAAAUACAGAGGAGGAGAAACCGACUGUAAGCAAUGAGAGCACAGACAAUGGUGCUGAAACAACGACAGAAGAACAGCAGAUGGACUUCAGUACAGAAAUUAUGAGUGUCACUGAGAUGGAACAAUCACCUGAUAGUUCCCCUGACUUGAAUGAAGAGAACAUGCAGGAGAGUGAAAUUCCCAAUAUUGAAGGUUUACAGACAACAGAUAUUGAGGCUGGCUUCCCUCCAGAUUUUGACAAGUUCUGGAAAGUAGUAGAGGACAAUCCCCAGGAUUUCACAGGAUGGGUAUAUCUACUACAGUACGUAGAGCAGGAGAACCACUUACCAGCUGCCAGGAAAGCAUUUGACAGGUUUUUCACACAUUAUCCAUAUUGCUAUGGAUAUUGGAAAAAGUAUGCAGACCUUGAGAAGCGACACGACAACGUUAAGCAGUCUGAUGAGGUUUAUCGCAGAGGGCUUCAGGCAAUUCCUCUUAGUGUUGAUCUUUGGAUACAUUAUAUAAACUUCUUAAAGGAGACCUUGGACCCGUCUGAUCCUGAAACAAACAGUACGAUUCGAGGCGCCUACGAACAUGCAGUCUUAGCUGCUGGAACAGAUUUCCGCUCUGACAGACUGUGGGAAAUGUAUAUAAAUUGGGAAAAUGAACAGGGAAACCUAAGGGAAGUUACAUCUAUCUAUGACCGUAUCCUUGGAAUUCCAACGCAGCUCUACAGUCAUCACUUCCAGAGGUUUAAAGAACACAUACAGAACAACUUGCCUCGAGACUUUCUGACUACUGAACAGUUUGUUCAGCUGCGCAGAGAAUUAGCAUCUGUGAACGGCCAUAGCGGGGAGGAUGCGCAGCCUGAUGAUGACCUGCCCUCUGGCGCUGAAGAUAUAACUGACCCUGCCAAGCUGAUCACUGAGAUAGAAAACAUGAGGCACAGGAUCAUUGAGAUUCAUCAAGAAAUGUUUAACCACAAUGAACAUGAAGUCAGUAAGAGGUGGACGUUUGAAGAAGCGAUAAAGAGGCCUUACUUUCACGUAAAACCUCUGGAGAAAAUUCAGCUGAAAAACUGGAAAGAGUACUUAGAAUUUGAGAUAGAAAAUGGCACUCAUGAGAGAGUUGUGGUCCUCUUUGAAAGAUGUGUUAUUUCAUGUGCCCUCUAUGAGGACUUCUGGAUUAAGUAUGCCAAAUACAUGGAGAAUCAUAGUAUUGAAGGCGUGAGGCAUGUCUACAGCAGGGCUUGUACAAUACAUCUUCCUAAGAAACCAAUGGUUCACAUGCUGUGGGCUGCCUUUGAGGAACAGCAGGGCAACAUCGAUGAAGCAAGAAGAAUCUUGAAAACCUUUGAAGAGUGUAUUCUAGGGCUAGCAAUGAUUCGCUUGCGAAGAGUGAGCUUAGAACGCAGACAUGGAAACAUGGAAGAUGCUGAACACCUGCUUGAAGAAGCUGUUAGAAAUGCCAAAUCAGUUAGUGAAUCGUCAUUUUAUGCCAUCAAAUUAGCUCGACACCUCUUCAAAGUACAGAAAAAUCUUCCAAAGGCAAGAAAAGUGCUGUCAGAAGCCAUAGAAAUUGACAAAGAAAAUACAAAGCUGUACCUCAACUUGCUUGAAAUGGAGUACAGUGGUGAUCUCAAGCAGAACGAAGAAAACAUCCUGAGCUGCUUUGAUAAAGCUGUCAAUGGCGCCUUGUCUAUAAAAAUGAGGAUUACGUUUUCUCAGCGAAAAGUGGAAUUCCUUGAAGAUUUUGGUUCUGAUGUAAACAAGCUUCUGGAUGCCUAUGAUGAACAUCAGGCCCUUCUCAAGGAGCAGGAUUCUUUGAAAAGGAGAGCAGAGAACGGGUCAGAGGAGCCAGAUGAAAAGAAAAUGCUCACAGAUGACCCAGCACUGGCAUCAGCACAGAUGAUGGAUGGAGACAUGCAAGUCAAUCAGGCAGCAUAUAACUACAAUGCCUGGUACCAGUACAAUUACCAGAACGCAUGGAAUUACGGACAGUACUAUCAUGCGACUUGAUCCGAAGAGUGAGUGGAGGUCACUGUGCUGCAGUUUCAACAAAGACAGAAUACAAAGAAAUUAUAUUUUUCUAAAUUAGGGAUGUGAAAGAACUGUUGCAAUACCUGCUUUUUGGUCUUCUGCAUGUGAAAUGAGCUGGUGUUCCCAGGGUAUGUGUGAAGCAAGAUCUGUGUGCUGGUAGCGGAUAAAUGGUAUCU